ACACAUCAAAAGGAGUUUUACUCUUUGGAUUUUGUGUGCUGGAAUUGUUAUCUUCACUCUUCAGUUCCAGUUUGCAAUGUUUCUGUACGUAGAAAAUUGGAACAAACUAUGUCAUAUACGUACAGACAGAAAAGCCAUCUCCACCUAACACUACAACAUCCUUUCAAUCAAAGUCUCUCUCAAAUGGAUCAUACAUUUUUGUGCAAAAUUAAGGAACCAAACCAUUAUGCUUCCUUAACCCAAGAUCCUUACUUAGCCUUCCAUUCCAAUUCAAGCAUUACUAAUCUGCAAGCCAAAGCAAAAAAUUUGGACUUUGGAUAGUGGUAAUUGGGGAAGAAAAUUUGUUUGGUUGGCCCCUAUUUUCCGUAGUCUUCACUGUCAAAUUUGGUGGCACAGUGGCUCAGUGGCAAUAUAUAAAUGAAGAGUUUGUGUGCUUGCUUCUACACAAGCAGUGUCUUCAACUCUCACUCCCACUCUCACUGGAACCAUAACCAUUCUCAUUCUCAAUCUCAGAUCAUGGCGGGAAGCAUCUCUGGUCCGAGUGGGGGCAAUGCUGCUAACAUUUUACUAAAUCAUGACUUCUCCGGAGGGUUGGAUUCUUGGCAUGUCAAUUGCUGCGACGGCUAUGUAGUUUCGGCUGAAGAAGUUUCCCAGUUAGGAAUAUCAAUGGAGACAGAUGGUAAUUGUGCUGUUAUCACCAGCCGAAAAGAAUGCUGGCAAGGUCUCGAGCAAGACAUCACAAGCAGAGUUUCCAUUGGCUCCACUUACAUAGUUUCAGCUCUUGUUGGAAUAUCCGGCCUGUCUCAGGGAUCUAAUGAUGUCCAAGCUACCCUGAAACUUGAAUAUCACAAUUCGGCUACUAGUUACUUGUUCAUUGGAAGAACUUCUGUUACUAGGGGAAACUGGAAAAAGCUGGAAGGUACAUUUUCAUUGUCGACUAUGCCAAAACGAGUUGUAUUUUAUUUGGAAGGACCUGCUCCUGGAGUUGAUAUACUUAUUCGCUCCGUAGAGAUCGGCUGUUCAAAUCCUAACAACAAUAUUGCAAGAACUGGAUGUGUUUCUACUGGAGAAGAUAACGUCAUAAUAAACCCGCAAUUUGAUGAUGGCUUGAACAAUUGGUCCGGAAGAGGCUGUAAGAUUGCAUUGCAUGAUUCCAUGGGAAAGAUCACCGGAAGAGUGCAGCGCAAGCUCGCCUACGAGGUCACUACUUCAGUUCGAAUAUUUGGAAACAAUGUCACUACUGCUGAUGUUCGCGCUACUUUGUAUGUCCAAACAUCAGAUCUUCGAGACCAGUACAUCGGCAUUGCCAAUGUGCAGGCAACAGACAAAGAUUGGAUUGAUAUGCAGGGAAAGUUCCUUCUAAAUGGAUCCCCAUCAAAAGUGGUAAUUUAUUUAGAGGGUCCUCUGCCGGGUACUGACAUUCUUGUUAAUAGUUUGGUUGUAAAGCGUGCGCCUAAGACACCUCCAUCAACACCACCGGACAUAAAGGGUGUUGCUUUUGGGGUUAAUGUAAUUGAGAACAGCAAUCUGGCUGAUGGCACUAAUGGAUGGUAUCCCCUUGGUAACUGCACAUUGAGUGUUAAAACCGGCUCGCCACAUAUAAUGCCGCCGAUGGCAAGAGACUCUCUAGGACCACAUGAGCUUCUAAGUGGACGCUACAUACUUGUAACAAACCGCACACAAACAUGGAUGGGUCCUGCUCAGACUAUCACUGAUAAAUUGAAACUCUUUGUGACUUAUCAAGUAUCGGCUUGGGUUCGGCUUGGUUCGGGAUCAUCCGGGCCACAGAAUGUGAAUGUUGCCCUUGGUGUUGACAACCAGUGGGUCAAUGGAGGACAAACUGAGGUAUCCGAUCAAAGAUGGCAUGAAAUCGGUGGGUCGUUUAGAAUCGAAAAGCAGCCAUCAAAGGUUAUGGUUUAUAUCCAAGGUCCUGCUUCAGGUGUUGACUUAAUGGUUGCUGGACUUCAAAUUUUUCCUGUUGAUAGACAUGCAAGGUUUAAAUAUCUAAAGUCUCAAACAGACAAGAUCCGAAAGCGUGAUGUUACCCUGAAAUUCUCUGGACUGGACGCAAGUAACUACUCGAAAACCUCAGUGCAAGUCAGACAAAUUCAGAAUGAUUUUCCAGUUGGAACAUGCAUCAGCAGAAUGAACAUUGACAAUGAGGAUUUUGUAGACUUCUUUGUGAAACAUUUUAACUGGGCUGUGUUUGGUAAUGAGUUGAAAUGGUACUGGACCGAGCCGCAACAGGGGAAUUUCAACUACAAGGAUGCAGAUGAUCUCUUAAACUUGUGUCAGAAGAACAAGAUAGAAACUCGCGGCCAUUGUAUCUUCUGGGAAGUGGAUGGAACCGUCCAGCAAUGGAUUAAAGCGCUGAACAAAACUGACCUCAUGGCGGCCGUCCAGAACAGAUUAAACGGCCUGCUUACUCGGUAUAAAGGCAAGUUCAAUCACUAUGAUGUUAACAAUGAAAUGCUGCAUGGUUCAUUUUACCAGGACAGGUUAGGUAAGGACAUAAGGACCAACAUGUUUAAGACUGCGAAUCAACUUGAUCCGACCGCUACCCUUUUCGUGAAUGAUUAUCACGUGGAAGAUGGAUGUGACACCAGAUCAUGUCCGGAAAAAUACAUUGAACAUAUUCUUGAUUUGCAAGAACAGGGGUCCCCUGUUGGUGGAAUUGGAAUUCAAGGCCAUAUAGAUAGUCCGGUUGGGCCUAUCGUUUGUUCAUCCCUUGAUAAACUGGGAAUUCUUGGCUUACCUAUAUGGUUCACCGAGCUAGAUGUGUCGUCGACUAACGAAUAUGUUAGAGCAGAUGAUUUGGAAGUUAUGUUGAGGGAAGCCAUGGCUCAUCCGGCCGUCGAAGGCCUAAUGCUGUGGGGAUUUUGGGAGUUGUUCAUGAGCCGUGACAACUCUCACUUGGUUAAUGCAGAAGGUGAAAUCAAUGAAGCUGGAAAAAGGUUCCUUGCUCUUAAGCAAGAAUGGCUUUCUCAUAGCCAUGGAAAUGUUGAUCAGCAAGGUCAAUACAAUUUUAGAGGCUUUCAUGGAACAUACAAGGUUGAUAUUGUCAUUGAUACAAAGAAAGUUUCCAAGACCUUUGUCCUUGACAAGGGUGACUCUCCAAUGGUGGUUUCCAUAGACUUCUAAGUUAUAACCAUUCUGCAUUAUUCAAUUAACUAUAAUCUAUGAUCUUGAAUUCUCUGUCAUUCAUUCAUAUGGUUUGUUAAACAAACAUUGUUGUCUUUAUACAUUGCCUUGUUGUGUGAUGUAAUGAUAUUAAUAUUGUGUAUGUUUUCUGGAAAAAUAAAAUAAGAUCAGUUCU